UCUAUCCACAUACCAACUUUCACUUUCGCAAAGCAUCGUGCUCUCUCAAAGCGAUUAUUCCUGUUAUGUAAAGCUACAACAUAAUGGCACUCAUGUAGGAGUAGGUAUGCCAAGACUUAAGUAAAAAGAGAGAGAGACUCUUAAAAAGGAAGCCAUAUUGAUAAACGGCUUACAGUGUAGACAGACUGUUGAAUACUCAGAAUAGGUUGCUCAUGCAUGGAAGAUCCUCAUAAGAUUAUAUAAUCAUACAGAUUAUAUUAUAGGAAUUCUGUGCUGUAGACAACUAAAGAAGAUUGAGCCCAUAAAACAGUGACUUUCUGAAACAUAGGAUACUGAAUCAUCUUUAGAACAAAAAUGUCAGACCCAGAAGUUGACAACUGUAAGGAUAUUCCAAAGAUGAGUAAAGGAGAAACAGAUUUUACUGGUCUCACCACAAACAAUUUUACUGGGGAUGAUGCCCAAACAUUCGAAAAACAAAUCCAAAAGAAUAUUGCUAAUUUGGAAGAAGAAGAAAUAAAAAAUGAUAAUGAAUUAUUUUAUGAUACUAAGAGUAAUUUAGACUUAACUACUAAGAGUAAUUUAGACUUAACUAGUAAUGCCAAGGAGGACAUAGGUGAUGAAACGUAUUCAAAAUUUCAACUGAUUCAUGAGAUCAAAGAACCAAAUGAUGAUAUGAUUAACGAAAGUUUAGUGUGUGGACUUUGUCAACAAUAUCUACAGGAUCCAAAAUUACUACCAUGUUUGCACACCUUUUGCUUGAACUGCUUAGAGAAACUGUGUUUUCCAGAAGAAAAAAAUGAAACUCUUAAAGAUGCAGACUUUGAAGUGUCUGCUGCAGAUGGGAUAAAUGGGAAUAAAAAUGAUAUUACAGAGGUCUUGUCAUGUGAUCAUACCAUGACUGACAAGGUAGAUAACUCUAAAUACAAGAAAUUGUUGGAUAUGAAAAACAAUAAAGAAGAAAAAGUCAAAACUACUUCAGUUUUAGCCAAAAUAGGUUUAAGUCCAAAAACAACCCAUUGUCCAACAUGCAUGGAAAUCUUUGAAAUGCCUGUAAAGGGCUUAGAGGAAUUACAUUCCAAUACAGUCUUUUCAAACAUGAUUAAGAUCAGGGAGAAGUUAAAUCAGACAAAACAGUGUGAAAUUUGUAAACUUAGAGAUAUCGUAGAAGAAGCCACUGCCUUCUGUAAAGAUUGCAGCGACAUGCUGUGCAAAAGCUGUUGGCAAAGUCAUUCUUUUACUCGCUUUACUUUAAACCACAAGGUAGUUCCAUUAGAAGAAAUGAAAGACAAGGCCUUGGACGAUGCCAUAAGAAACAAGUCAAAACCAAUGUGUUCUUUACAUGAAGAUGAACUGCUGAAAUACUUUUGUUCAGAUUGCAAAUUUCUUGUAUGCCGUGAAUGUAUUUUGCUGCAUCAUCAGGGGCAUUCAUGUAUUUUGCCAUCAGUUGCAGUAGAUCCGAAGAAGAAAGAAAUUGAAAGCUUAAUUUAUGGGUUUCACGGACGACUUGAAAAUUUGAGGAAAGAUGAACAUGAGGAAUACGAAAGUCAGAAUGAUCGAGUAGCAGUUGCUGAGAAUACUGAAAUUGAAAAGAUCAAUUCAUUUUUUCAGAAAUUAGUGGAAGCUGUUGAGAAAGAGAGACAAUCCAUCAUUUCAAACACUAAGGCUGAAUUUACUAGGCUUAAAACACAAAGUAAAAACAGAUUUUCAUGCAGUGAAAAUAUAGAAAAAAACAUGACAAGUAUACAUCCUGCAUUACAUAUACUAACAAGUCAAGCCAGUGAUGAAGAUUUUUUGCAGAUGGAACCAAUUUUACACAAACGACUGGUACAGAUGAUUAACAAAGAUAUCAAACCAUAUCCGGUUAGUUGGUAUUCUCUGCCAGUGGUUGAUGUAGUCAGUUCUUUGAAAAUUUCAUGUCGACAGGACAAAAACAUAGACCUGUCAUUGUUCAAAGUUACUGGACCAAAGCAAAAAUUUGAACCUGCAGAAUCUAUACCAAUUCAAAGUUCCUAUGAUGAGUUAGUUGAAAUGGGAAAGUUUAGAAGAAUAUCUCCUCAGCCUUUGAAUGUUGAAGAAAUUACAGGUCAAGCUUCAUCCAAAAUUAAACCUGAAGAUAGUAGUUUGAGAAAGAAGAAUUUUGUGGAUGCUACAGUAUGGUCGCAACCCCAUUCAGGAAAUGUUGGAAAAGAAGAUCAUGAUUUAGAAAGUGACAGUGAAUCCUCAGACUCUUCAUGGGUUGAUGCAUCAUCAGAUAAUCAAAAUCCAUCAGUGGGUAAGAAAAAGAGGAGCAGAGGCAAAAGAGGAGGCAAGAAACAAAAAGGAGAACGACAGAAAGUGGAUGUAUUACAGAAUAUGGCUCAAUCUACUUUCCCAAAAGAUAAAGGAAUUGUCAAUGAACCCUUAAAGGGACUCAAAAGGAGUCCUCAAACAUCUAUAGUUUUUGGCAACCCUACAAAUAUGUAUGGGCUUAUGAAUAAUCCUGCUCAAAACAUGCAAAGCUGCCAGCCUUCCUAUAGGUAUCCUACCACAGUUCCAGUUCCAGGGAAUGUGCUACAAAUGUAUGGUUCUGUACCUAAUUUGUACACUAUGCCACAACAAGAUGGUUUCCAGUCACAGAGGCCUUCUUUAAUGAUGGACUUAGCAUGGCAACAAAGGAAGGAUAGUCAUAAACAGCAGAAAGAAAGCAGAAGCAGAUCUGUCUCAUCUGAAGAUAAAUCAGUGUCUUCAACCAGUGCUGCUGCAGCUGCCAUUGCAAAACCAAGUAAAGUUAUUUCUUUGCAGCCGAAAUGGCGACUGGAUACAAAGCUUAGUAUUGAUAUCCAUGAACCAAAUCUUAGAAGUGUUUAUUGUCUCCAAGUUACCAGUAUUAUUGUUUCUGAUGUCAAAAAUUCCAAGGUCAAAAUAUUUACAACAAAGGGAGAAUUUAUCAAAUGCUUUGAUCUGAAAAGUGUCAACCAAGCAAUUUUUACUGCAAACUUAUUGAUUUAUAGUGUAAAAAAUCAAAUUUGUGCCAUAAAAGAGGAUGGAACAGAUAUGAAUCCACUAAUUUUCAACAACACUCCUUUUAAUUGUUUGGUAACUUGGUCUCCAAAAAAUACCAUUGUUGUAUCAACCGGAGUAAAAAUACGCCAGUAUAGAGUAGAUGAAAACAAGGGAAAUUUUAUUAAGAAUUUAGAUAUUGGAAUAGGCAGCAGUCAGAUUCAACAGAUAGUUGAUUUGAGAUGUGAUCAUCAAGGCAAGAAGCUGGUGGUAAUUGAUGGAAUCUCAAAGUCUGUCAGUGUUUUGGAUUUUGAAGGAAACCUGUUGGGGACUUACAAGGAAGACAGUCCUGGUUGGAAUCCAACUUCUGCCUGUUUUGACAAGAAGGGUUUGGUCUUUGUCACAGAUGGUGGUGGAAAUCGUCUUGUGUAUCUUUCAGUCACUGCACAGUUUAUCCAGCAAUGGGAUACAUGUCCUACAAUCAACAAGCCAUCAUAUGUUGCUACACAUAUUUCUCAACCAUUAUAUCUUAUAGGCCAUGACAGAUAUGUCCAUGUCUAUGAUUAUUUAUAUCUUUAGAUUUUCCAACUAAAUGUAUCACCAAGGGGGGCAGGGUAAAGAAGUAGACUUUUGUCAUUAGAAAGUCUUCUGGUUUCCUGUUUGGAUUUCAGUUGAUUAUAGAUCCAAAAGUAUACAGUUUUGUGAAGUUAAAUGAAAAAUCACUUUAUGCUACCAACUGGCAAUAUUUGGAAUGCCUGAAAUUGAUAUGAUGCAUAAGGAUUUUGUAUCACAGACUUUAUUUUAUUCAUUGUAGCUUGUGGUUAAAUGCUAAGAAAAAAAAAGAAUCACAUGUAUCAAUUACUUUAACAUGUUUAAUAUUAUAAAUAGAAAUGAAAAUGUACAAACUUAUUUCUUUUUUAGUUGAGUAAUAAAAAGAGGUAAAAUUUGACAAAAUUUCAAUUUUAUUUCUUCUGAUGACAAUUUAUGUUUUAAAAAAAAAAUUUCUUUAAUUCAAAAGUACAAAAAUAUAAUUUCAACUGAAAAACUUGUAAAAAAUGAUGACCUAUAUUAUACAAUGUCUUAUGUUUACACUUGUAUCAUUCUGAUGGAAUUUUUUAGAUCUUCCCUAAUUUACAAAUUUCAACCAUUCUAGCUUUUUUUAAAUGUCAUGUAAUUGCUAUAAAUUCAUCCCCUUCUUUUGGCGUUGAUCCCUGAAAAGAAUUAUACCAAGUUUUCCUUAAGAGUAAAAAUCAUGAAUUUAAAAGUUGAAUGAGGAUAUUUUCAUCAAUUUUCCAAAUGAAGGAUCAUAAGAUUAUUCAUUUGUAAUUGUCAGAUCUUGAUGAGAUAGAACUUUUAUGUAUAUCUAUCAUGACAGGGUAACGCUUUUGUAUUUCAUUAACCAAAAAUCUUUCUCUUUUUGCUUCAAAUUUUUACCCUUUUUUAAGACUGUUCCAUUAAAACUUUCAAAAUACUCCCACGGGAUGUUUUUUUUGCCACAUUUGCAAAGUAAUGCAUAGGAUAUGAAAAAGCUAUUGUCCUCUGUCCAGUUAACAUUGUAAGAGCUCUCAUACCUACAGUUCCCAUUAGAUCUAUGGUUAUCACGAAAAAAGUGAAAAAAAUUCAAGAAAACAUCGCAUUCUUAACUUUCUUUUCAGAAAUUUAAUUUAUAAUGGUCCAACAAAAACUCCUUUUAAAACUCCAAUAUUCAUAUAACCUAAUAAAUGCACAAAAACAACAUGGAAUUGUGAGAGACUGACAACUUUCACGAAUCUGGCUAAAAUAAAAUAAAUCCUUUAGAAGUUUUAGCGAGAUAUGCAAGGACCAAGAUAAAUAUAUAAAUAGGAAUUGAAACAGUGUUACCAGUAAAUGAGUUAUAAGGCCUCAAUGAAUUUGCGAAAGCCUAACUAGCACAUGGAAAAUUAGAUUUUACAUAUAAACAAAUGUGGUCUGUCAAGAGACCCAAUAAAGGGUAUACAACAGAAUAAAACGAGGAAAUGACGAAGCAAAAUAACAUAACAAAUAUAAUAAUAUAAUAAACUGCCACAACAGGCUGAAAAAUGUAUUGCAUACAUUAACAGCUAUUUUUAAAUUUAUUGAUAUGAAUGAGUUUCAAUCGAUAAUUUUAGAAAUUAACAAGAAAUUUCAAACAGUUACCCGUUAUGUGCCUCAUCAAGUCUAAAUAGAAAUCCUUACUGAUUUACAUAAGAUAUUUUUAAAGUUUAAUAAUUAUUUUGGAUGAGAUUUGAAAUCUUAUUUUUGGAGUAAUACCCAUAGGUAAUGUAAAUUAUAUUGAAAUUAAUGGUCUAGAUUUCUUCUUGGGAAGCUUAAUGAAUUUUAUGAAAAAAGUUUAUGUUAGCAAUCUCUUGGAUGAGUUUGAAAAAUCAGGGCUGAUCCAAUAUAUUGGUGGACUUUAUAUGCACCAUAAAAUUGAAAAUUAUACAGAAAAUCUGCAUUGUAGCUGAUCUACAUUCAGAUCCCUUUAGACUUUCAUUGAAAUUUAUUUAAAAGAUUUACAUCAGCAAAAUCAAGACGCAUAAAUAAUCAUUUUGGAGUUAUGUCCCUUAGAAAUGUAAAUAAUAUUAGAAAUCAAAAUUAACUAUAGUCCAGCUAACGUUGAUUUGAGCCAAAAAUACCAUAAAUAUAUAAAUCUCAAUUCCACCCUUUAGCUUUAUUUGUUUUUCUGUUAUUGUUAUUUUUAUUCAAUCAAAUAUAGAAAUGAAAGGAUAUGGAGUAAGAGUACAUGGGACAAAAUCGCACACAAUACAUAGUAAAAAUAAAUAAAUUAUCAAUGAACAGGGCUUUUAUUCCUGUUCUUCAUCUUGACAGUUGAUGUAGGGUCUUAUAUAUAUAUAUAUAUAUAUAUAUUGAUUUAUUAUUAUGAUUUAAUGAUUGUUUAGCCAAACAUUACCAUGAAUAUAUAUGGAUCCCUAUUCCACCCUGUUUAUUGAUUAUUUUUUGUUAUUUUCUUUAAACAUAAUAUAUAUAUAUUGAUCAAUUUCUAGAAUUUAAUGUAUAUUUACAGCUGUCUUAAUUAUCAAGAACAAGGAAUUAAAACAUACAAUCCAUUUUACAUGCAAGAUGGUUUAAGUAUUUUAUAUUAACAUUGAUUGUUCAUUAAAAAAAAAGGAAAUGAAUCAGCAAAAUUAGAUAAGUCUGAAAGAAACUUAUGGUAGCGAAAUGAAUUUGACAUGAUCACUCAAAGGUUAUUAAGAAAUGUAAAUAACUUCACAUCAUGAAAUAAGUCACUUAAACCAUUACUUUCUAGACUUCAGUUUUUCCAUUUCGGCUUCCAGCAUAGAAAUGAGAUAACUUAAUCAACUAUAAGCUUAAAAGGCAAUAUUUUUUCAAAUUUGCCAAAUUUAUAAAAAAAAAUACAUUAAACAUAUUGUGUAUAAUGCAAGGUUAUUUUAUUUUUAUCUAUGCAGAUAUUUGUGAAGGAAUUUUGAAACAUUUAGAUUAUAUAUAAUUAUACCCCACACAACGAGUUGCGGAGGGUUUAAUGUUUUUGACCCGUCCAUCCGUCUGUCCGGCCGUCAGUCCUGUUUCUUGUCAUCGCAACUCCUCUCAAACCACACAACAGAACUUCACGAAACCUUUUUAGAUAAUAAGGACAUACUAUGUAGUUGUGCAUAUCGACAGGAAAUUACGAUUCAAUUUUUUUUCUAGGAGUUACGCCUCUUUGAACUUAUUUGCCCAAUAUACUACUGCAACCUUUUGUCAUCGCAACUCCUCUCAAACCACACCACAGAAUUUCAUGAAACCUUUUAAGAUAAUAAGGACAUACUACGUAGAUGUGCAUAUCGACAGGAAAUUACGAUUCAAUUUUUUUUCUAGGAGUUACGCCUCUUUGAACUUAUUUGCUUCAAUAUACCUCUGCAACAGUUUGUCAUCGCAACUCCUCUGAAACCACACAACAGAAUUUCAUGAAACUUUGUAGAUAAUAAGGACAUACUACGUAGAUGUGCAUAUCGACAGGAAAUUAUGAUUCAAUUUUUUUUCUAGGAGUUACGCCCCUUUGAACUUAUUAACUUUAAUGUACUAUUGCAACAGUUUGUCAUCUCAACUCCUCUGAAACCACACAACAAAAUUUCAUGAAACUUUGUAGAUAAUAAGGACAUACUACGUAGAUGUGCAUGUCGGCAGGAAAUUACGAUUCAAUUUUUUUCCAGGAGUUACGCCCCUUUGAACUUAUUUGCUUCAAUAUACCUCUGCAACAGUUUGUCAUCGCAACUCCUCUGAAACCACACAACAGAAUUUCAUGAAACUUUGUAGAUAAUAAGGACAUACUACGUAGAUGUGCAUAUCGACAGGAAAUUAUGAUUCAAUUUUUUUUCUAGGAGUUACUUCCCUUUGAACUUAUUAACUUUAAUGUACUACUGCAACAGUUUGUCAUCUCAACUCCUCUGAAACCACACAACAAAAUUUCAUGAAACUUUGUAGAUAAUAAGGACAUACUACGUAGAUGUGCAUAUCGGCAGGAAAUUACGAUUCAACUUUUUUCCAGGAGUUACGCCCCUUUGAACUUAUUUGCUUCAAUAUACCUCUGCAACAGUUUGUCAUCGCAACUCCUCUGAAACCACACAACAGAAUUUCAUGAAACUUUGUAGAUAAUAAGGACAUACUACGUAGAUGUGCAUAUCGACAGGAAAUUACGAUUCAAUUUUUUUUCUAGGAGUUACGCCCCUUUGAACUUAUUUGCUUCAAUAUACCUCUGCAACAGUUUGUCAUUGCAACUUCUCUGAAACCACACAACAGAAUUUCAUGAAACUUAGUAGAUAAUAAGGACAUACUAUGUAGAUGUGCAUAUUGACAGGAAAUUAUUAUUCAAUUUUUUUUUCUUAUACAAUUUUUGUUUUUCUUACAGUUAUUUUAUUUCUCCAGUGACAAUGUGGGGACGUGGAUCGUGGGGUAUGUGAGCGCGCUCACUAAGGUUCUUUAAUUUCAUCUGCCAUUAUUAUUUAAAAUCUUAAUUUUUGUCUUGAAAACAAUCCUGAGUUUAUAAGUAUCAUUCCUGUACAAUUGUGGCAACUUCCAAUAGUCUUGCUUAAUUCAUCAUUAUGAUCACCAUUUGCUAUUUCAUUCAUACUUGAUGUUUAAGAGACACUUGCAAUACAAAUGUAUUACAUGUAUAUAUAAUGUAAUAACUAACUAUAUUUCCUAAAUGUACGUUUAUGUUUGUCAUUGUGUAUGUAAAAUUAGAAAGUUGAAGUAAGAAUCUUUUAAAACUUUGUUGCUUGUUCAUUGACGUUGUUUUUAUUGCAUUUUGAAUGGUUAUGUGUGGGCAGGAAGGAAAAUACAUGUAUAUAGUUUUGGAUUUUUUAAUACAGACAUGUAUUGAUGAUUGGGAGGUACAUAAUUUUAUAAUUUCACAACCUUUGUGCUUAAGGGAAAAAAUUUGGUUAGGGUUUUGUAAGUUUUUAAUGGAAGGUAGGGAUUAUGGCAUUUCUAGCAAAGGGUUUGUUUAGUUUUUAUACGCCUGUUUACGGGACGUAUUAUGGUAUACUGUUGUUCUGUCUGUCUGUCCAUCCAUCCAUCGUCAACAUGUCGGACAAUAACUCAAAAACAUUUUAACCAAUUUGCAUGAAACUUUGGUGAAUUAUUUAUAUCUAUUGACAUGAGCUCCAUUUCGAUAUUUUAUAAAUUUUCGAUUUUAUGUUUCCAAGUUAUGGGAUUUUAUUCAUUAAAAAAGGGGGAUUUUCCAGUUUUCGAACAAUAACUCAAAAAUGCUUUGAGCAGUUUUCGUGAAACUUUGGUGAAUUGUUUAUAUCUAUUGACGUAAGCUCCCUUUCGAUUUUUAUAAAUUUUGGAUUUUACGUUUCCAAGUUAUGGGAUUUUAUUCAUAAAAAAGGGGGGAUUUUUCAGUUUUUCGCACAAUAACUCAAAAGUGCUUUGAGCAGUUUUCAUGAAACUUUGGUGACUGUUUUAUAUCUAUUAAAAUAACCUCCCUUUAGUUUUUUUAUAAAUUGAGGAGUUGUUGAACUUUAUUCUUUGAAAAAGCGACUGGCGUAUCAUGCGAACAUGGCGCAGCUCUUUAUUAAUUGAAGGUAUGGGCUAGUACAUGUAUAUUGUAAAUGCUAGGAUAAUUGUAAAGGUUCUAUUGUAAAGGCUAGGAUUAUGGAAAAAGGUAUGGUUAGACUUGGGUUAAUUUUUGUAAUUGAGGGUAGAGUUAUCAUAAUGGCAAUGCCCAAAAUGGCAGAAUGGUCUAGGUUAUUAAAGUAAGAUCAAAUUUAUUAUGGCUAUUGAAUGUUGAUACGAAUUAAUGGUGAAAUAAAUAUUAAAUGAUUGUUCCGAGGUCAGGAACUUAGUGUUUAUAAUUAUUGCCUUUUGUUUAUAAAUAUCUAUUUGAACUUAUUUUUGUUGUUGAUUUAAAAUAAUUUCUGUUAAAAUAAAUUGUUUAUUAUGUUUUUUUGCAAAGUACCUAUCUGCCUGUCUUAAUUUGCAAAAAUUUGCUCAUGUAUAAUAGUGUGGUGAUGUCGUCGUCAGAAGACAUUUGAUUUCCAGACAAUAACUUGCGUAUAAGUUAAUGGAUCGCUAUGAAAUUGUAACACAAGGUUCCAUACCACAAAAGAAAAGUUGGGAUGAUUUUGGGGGUUAUUGUCCCAAUUGUUUUGGAAUAAGGGGCCAAAAACAAGCAUUUUUCUUGGGAUUGAUUUUAAGGGUUAUGGCCCUAACUGUUUAGGAAUAAGAAGCCAACAAGUGGCAAAAAACAAUACUGUAAGGUACUGGGGAAUGUUAUACUGAAACAAAUAGGUAUUAAAUUGUGCGGUGUAAUUUAUAAGUAAAUACUUAAUUUGUGGCAAGACUGACACAUAUUUUAUAAUGAUUUUUUACAAUUGUGGCAGUAAUCCACUAUACUUAUUACUAUGAUCACAAGUCAAAAUUCAAGUUUUUACCAAAUAUUAUCUUUUAAACUUAACGGUUGUGUUCUUACGCAUAGUAACUUGGCUUGCAGCGAGCUAGAGAAACAUUUUACAUUUGAAAUCAAAGAUAUGGCAUUAAUUUACUAUUUUUUUAUGGAUUUCACAGGCCAAAGUUUCACUUUUUGCCAAUAAAUUACAGGGGGAGGCAUUUCAUUAGCUAAAACAUAGUUUUACAAGUAAGGUGUGUACAUAUGUUGGUACAAAGGUGAUAUAUAUCCAGUAAAGCAACUGAUUUUAUGUGAAAGCUCUGGAAUUUGAAAUGAUUUUAUCAUUGUUUACAUUUUUUGUGUACAAGUGUUACGGCAGGGAAUGUAUGUAAUUACUCAUGGAUUACCUUCUUCAUGCUAUAUAUCAUGUAAUUCCCGUAUUAAGGAUCAUUUCUGGUAACCAAAUAUUCAUAUUUAAACGUCUGAUAUGCCUGGUAUACAUAGGGAAAUACUUUAACUGCAAUUGUUUACUGACCGGCGAUUUUGCCGUCUGCCAUUUUGUGGGGAAUGAAACGUUGAUUUUAUCUCUUUUGAUACAAAUUCGUCCCCUGGACAAUUGAUCUAAUAUUGCAUUUUUAAUACCACACAUUUAAUAUUUUAUAAGUAUACCCUGCCGGACACAAAUAUAUUGUAAAUAUUUAGAUGGUUGUAAUGAACUAUGUUAUAUGUUAUUUACUUUGUAUGUUCUUACGCAGAUCGUCUGCUAAAUCAAUGCGCGCGCAGUGGUGUCCGAUUGUUUAUUUCAAGCUUCUUUAUCGAUAUUUUAGAUGCUAUAGCUUUGUUUUAAUAUUUUAUGUAUAAGGACAAUCAUAGGACAACUCAAGAUGAUUUCAAUUCUAUGUUUUUCAAUAUCGUAAUUUUGUAUAGUUCCGGCUACCCGGAAAGGACAAGUAACCAUUGGAUUAGUAUGUCACGUGACACUUACAAUUUAGUAUAUAAACGCGUGAGCAUUCAGUAAUGGCAGAUAGCCCAAAGUUUUGCUGGCGGCAAGUUUGAACCUAGAAAACAAUAAAUUUCCAAAUAAAGCAGUAAUAACCUUUAGGUGAGAAUUAGGAUAACAUAAUGAAGUUUAAAUAGCCGUCUUUUGUACAGUAAGCUAUCUCCCACCACGUCGGACACCACAAAUAUGUAUUUUAGGAUUUAUUAUUCAGUACACUUGAACGCUAUUGUUUAUUUAUAUAAAAUCAUAUAAUGUUAUAUGAUUUUUUUAACAGUUCAGCAAAUAAAACUGUUAGCAUUGAAAA